AUGUCGGACAUCAAGGCGCCUUUCGCCCCUGACUAUGCGUCUUACAACUGGACUGGAGCCCCAUCUAACUAUGACUCGCUGGCGACCAAUGAGCUGGGUGGCGACUCCAGGGUGGAGAAUGUAAACAAGUGGUUUCAAUCCGGUGAUCAAGCGUACAUUAUCGUGGCUUCGGCCAUGGUCAUGGUCAUGAUUCCCGGUCUCGGUUUCCUCUAUUCCGGUCUUGCUCGCCGUAAAUCAGCCCUGAGUAUGAUUUGGGCCUGCAUGGCUUCUUUCUCUGUCGUCACGUUCCAGUGGUAUUUCUGGGGCUAUUCGCUUGCAUUCUCGCCUACGGCCACCAACGGAUACAUCGGGAAUCUUCGUAACUUCGGCUUGAUGAAGACGUUGGCCGAUCCAAGUCCCGGUUCCGUUCUUGUGCCCAAUCUCCUCUAUGCCUUUUAUCAGAUGCAAUUCUGUGGUGUCACUGCUGCGAUUAUCAUGGGAGCUGUUGCCGAACGUGGACGCUUGCUCCCGGCUAUGGUGUUUGUGUUCGUCUGGGCUACAAUUGUGUACUGUCCCUUGGCUUGCUGGGUGUGGAAUGUGAAUGGCUGGGCAAUGAACUAUGGUGUGUUGGAUUACGCUGGUGGUGGUCCAGUCGAGAUUGGCUCCGGUUUUUCCGCACUCGCCUAUUCAAUGGUGCUUGGCCGUCGCCAGGAGCGUAUGAUGUUGAACUUCCGCCCUCACAAUGUUUCUCUCAUUCUCCUCGGAACCGUUUUCUUGUGGUUUGGAUGGCUUGGAUUCAAUGGUGGUUCAGCCUUUGGAGCUAAUCUUCGUGCCACCAUGGCGUGCUGGAAUACCAACCUGACUGCGGCUUUUGGGGCCAUUAGCUGGGUACUUCUCGAUUGGCGCUUAGCGAGGAAAUGGUCUAUGGUUGGUUGGUGUUCUGGUACCAUCUCCGGUCUGGUUGCAGCUACCCCGGCAUCAGGCUUCAUUACCCCUUGGGCUAGUGUGAUUCUGGGUAUAGUCACUGGUAUUGUUUGCAACUACUCUACAAAGGUGAAAUACUGGAUUCGUAUCGACGAUUCCAUGGAUGUGUUAGCCGAGCACGGUAUCGCGGGUAUUGUCGGUCUUAUCUUCAACGCGCUUUUCGCCGACGAUGCGAUCGUAGGGCUGGACGGAGUCAAUACUGGUAGCCGAAUGGGUGGAUGGCUGAUCCACAACUACAAGCAGCUCUACAUUCAAAUCGCUUUCAUUGUCGCCUCAGCCGCCUAUUCUUUCGUCGUAUCUGCCAUCAUUGCCUACGCCAUCAACGCAAUCCCCGGCCUGAAGCUGCGCGCUUCUGAGGAAGCCGAAUUGCUCGGUAUGGACGACGACCAGCUGGGCGAGUUCGCCUAUGACUACGUCGAAGUCCGUCGUGACUAUCUUGCAUGGACCCCUCAGAAACAUGACCAGCUCGAAGAUGGCCACCAUAUCCCCGCUGCCGCUCGAUACGGCAUUGGGGAACACAGUGAAAUGAUGCUUGAUGGCCAUACUCCCAUUGGCAUUGACAGUCGCGGUUGCAGCGAAGGCGACUCCGGCAUCCAGGAAAUCAAGAUUGCACCGGCGCCUGCGCCAGCAAUGGCACCUGCCCCACGUCAAGUUGCCGAACGACAUCCCGCUCAUGAGGGAUCAAUACCGCCUAGUGUCGAGGACGAUGAGAAAGCACAAUAA